UUCAUUUGAGAUGGGUAAAGGGACAAAGAUAGAGUAUGAUUUUGCUGCCUUAGAGAGACAAUUGAUGGACAGAUUCUUGUUUUCGAAGUCAAGAAUUGAAGUUGGAAGAGUGUUGAUGAUUGAUCAAAUGAUAUACAGAACAGAGUUUACUAAUGCUGAAGUUUUCAGAAAACUUGCUGAGAAAAUAACUCAGGAAAGAAUUGGAGCCGCAGUUAAGACUCAAAUAUGUGCUGAGAUAAAGACGCUACCAGAUAUUUGUACAUCACUGGACAAUCUAGACAUUACAAUAAGUUUUCUCAAGUCUACAGGUGGUCAACCGGAGAAAACUUUACAUGAAUUCAUGGGCAAUACACUUCAAAUGAAAACCACAAUACUUAGCCAAAAGGCCCAGCAGGCAUGUGAAUUAAGACAUGCACAAUGGCUAUGGUUACUUCUGUCAUUACAGAAAUCAAAGAAAAUGGUGGACAAUGAUCAAAAUGCAGAGUCAACAUUUGAAAGUGUCUUAAAAGAGUUCCACGAGGAAUUGCCAGAAGAGGUAAUGACAGAAUACAUGGGUUAUAUGAAGAAGUUGUCAAUAGAUAAACUGAGUCAGCUGGUAGAAAUACUUCAUGAGUAUAUUCUGUUAGUUGUGGCUGUCAGACAAAACCUGGAGGACGAGGAUUUUAUUGAUACAACCAAUCAUAGACUUGGAGAAUGGCUGUCUGUUUAUAUAGGAGGAAUGGACAAUCCUGUAUUAGAGUCAGCUGUAUUGAGAGAAUUUCCUAGGGAGAUCCUGUAUAAACAUAGCGUUCAUACCUGGAUAUGUAGCUACAACAUCUUAAUGGAGAAACAAAAUGGCCACGCCUGAAGAUGUGGAUUACUCCUGUCUUUGACACUAUAUACAUGUACAUCAAACCAUGGGGCCAAAUUAUACAUUCUUUCAUUAUGUAAUAAAUUAUGGGGCCAAAUUAUAUAUUAUUACAUAAUGUUACAAACUAUGGGGUCAAAUUAUCUAUUCUCACAUAAUUUGAUAAACUAUGGGGCCAAAUUAUAUUCUUGCAUAAUGUGAUAAUUGAUAAUAGAUUUAUUUAUAGGCAAAUUUCUGACUUGUACCAAUGUGGUCAAAAUCUGAUUGACAUUUCUUUUACCAUCUAAUUUUAACACAAUCUGGGAAAAUUCUUACAUGAUGUUCACAAAUCUAUACAUUAUCCUACUUAUAAUGAUAUGCCUUUAAAUGAAUUAUAAAAAUAAUGAUAUACAUGUAGUUCAUUUCUUAGUACAUUUUACAAAUUAAUAAGUUAACACCAGAUAGCAUUAGGUAUGGCAUUAGAUCAUGACAAGAUUCAAUCAAUAUACAGUGACUUUUAUUUGGCACAAGUAUGAUCAAAUUACAAGGCUGAAACGGUUAACACUACUGAAGUAUCUUCUUAUUUGGAUUGCAAUAUGAAUAUACUUUUUGUUAUCUUCAAAAUUACUAUGAUGAAUAAACUUAUAUUUACCUAUGUUUUAUAAGCAAUUAAAACAUUGCUAGUUGUUUGGAUGGAAUAAAACAAAUAUGUGCUUGUCAGUAUAUUUGUUCAAUGGAUAAAUGAUGAAAUGGAAAUUAAAAUGUAUCAUUUCUGAAAUUCCUUUCAGAUAAUUAUAUUAUGUAAUAUAUAUACUUAAUACAGUUAUUUAACAAUUAAUGUAUUUUUUUUUAAUUUUAUAAAUUAUGCUUUAUGAAUAUGUUUAUACAAUGAGUGCCAUAAACUGUAGUGAAAAGUCAUUUUUGAAAGUAGUUUUUCUGUCAACCUUAUCCAGUAUCUAUUCUUUUCUCUUUUGUCUUAUGAAAGUGACUGUUAAUUUUUAUUAAUAAAAAAGAAAAGAUAACAUUAAAUUUAGUAUUUUUGGCAUAUGCAAAAAUGCAAAUUUAAUGUUAGAAAUGCAAUUUCAUAUUUUAUUUUAUUUUUUAAAUGCUAGUGAUAGUAACAGUUUUAAUCUGUAGUGUGAUAAUGGUUAAGGGUUUGUUUUAUUUUUGAAAUGACAACAGUUUAUUUUCUCUAUAUUAUUCUUUUUCUUUUUAAUUUAUUUGUUAUUUUCGCCAUGUGUGUUUUUUUUUAUAAAAAUUCUUUCUUUUCAUUCUUAAUAUGAUGUAAGUAAACCAUUUAAUAUAAAUUGGUUUAUUAUAAAAACGUUUCUGUAUAUCAUUUCCUACUAAUUAGGAAUACAUGCAAUAUUACACUAGAACUUUGAAAGGGGAAACAGACAAAAGCCCUCUCGGACUAAAGCCAAUCCUGUCAAAAAAUGACAAGGCGGACAAAAGUCCUCCCAUGAAAAUGACAAGGCAGACAAAAGCCCUCCUGUGAAAUUAUCUAGGCGGGCAAAAGUCCUUUUGUCCUACACUCCUUUGAAAGAUGGCAUUUGUCAUAUAUAUUGUAGUUUUUUUCUAAAAUCUACAAAAUAAUGUAAUGUAUGUAUAAAAAGGGUAUCUGCUAAAGACUGGACAUGUAAAUAAGAAAAAAGGUCACAAUAAUUUUUUUAAGAGACAUUAGAUGACAUUACUGACGGUGACUUGGUGUAUAUGACUUGACAAGGAAAUGUAAAAUUCUGACAUGUAGUCAUUGAAUGAUAUUCAUCAAAUGCAACAAACUGAACAUCAGGUGACAGUCACGGUUUAAUAUAAACUGAAGCAAUUGAUAAAAAAGAUUCAUAGUGUAAAAAAGCGUAAUACUACAUUUUUGGUUUUGUAAGUGACAUUUCACUUUGUUAUACAUUGUACUAACAUAGAUGUAUGUUACAGAAUUUCUCAAUAAGAAUUUUUUGUGAUAAAACAGCAAACUUAUAAAACCUUUAAACAUUGAAUAUCAAGAAGUUACAAGCUGCUGAUUGGUCGAAAAAGUGGUGAAGCCAUGGCCAGUCCGGCCUAACUGCCGCGGACAGUCUUGCAGUUAUUACAUAUUCUAAAAAGACAUUCAUGAAAUUGCCUGGUAAACACACAUACAAGAAUGAAAAACUUUGAUAUUUCAAGAUUUGAAAUGACUGUUAAAACAGUGACUUCAAUAGAUACUGUAAGUUAUGAAUUAUGUAAAACAUUUUUAUUAUUAAUAGGAUUGUUUAACACAUAUAUAUGACUACCACCAUGUAUGAUUAACCCGCCUCCGUAGUCGAGGGGUUAGAGUAGAUGACUUCUAAUCCAGUUACCUCUCUGGCGUGAGUUCGAUCCCCAGCAGAUGCUUUGGUAGUUUAGCGCGAAGGAAGGUAGUUUAGUCUAGGAACGAUGGUUAGGAAACUACCCGCCUAUAUGACUGACAUACUGUUGGGAAAAGGCGUAAAAUCAAACAAACAUCAUAUUAUGCUAUCUACCAGACCAGGGAUCAGUGGUUAUUUAUUGAAUACUGUACAUUAUUAAGAUUAUUAUAGGAUAAAGAACAUGGUGGAUAUGACCAGUAUUGUUAUAAAUGAGCAAUCAUUCUAUUGUUAAGUUUAUGUUGUUUUCAUAUUGUAAACAGUUUAUGCCAUUAUGAUUAUUUGUGGUGCAAGAUGUGUUAUAUAAAACAUUUUCAAGUAAA